GCCUCGGCCUCCAAUGAGAGGGUGCGCGCGCGGCUCGAGGUCACGUGGCGCGAGCGAGAGAUGGGGGUGACGAGCGUGUGCCAGUGGCCGCUGGCAGAUGGCAAGAGCAUCCAGCAGAACGUGGAGAUGCUGGCCAAGAAGCUGGAGCUGAUGGGUGCCACCAAGCAGGCCUCCUUCUUGGUGGACUGCGAGAUGUACCACCCGGUCUCCAGCACGGGUCAGUCCAUGAAGUGCAUGUAUGUGAUGCACAACUCGGAGUACCCGCUCAGCUGCUUCGCGCUCUACGAGAACGGGCCCUGUCUCACGGCCGACGUUGGCUUCGACGCACUCAUGCUGAAGCUCAAGGGCCUCUUCCAGAAUGCCAAAAGCAACAAGGUUGAGGCACGAGGAACGCGCUAUGUUUAUGCAGACUUCCUCAUCAAGCUCGGCACAGUCACCAUGGGGCCCAGCUCCAAGGGAGUGUGUGUGGAGGUGGAAUACUGCCCAUGCGUGGUGCCCAGUGACUGCUGGGGCCUCCUGCAGGAGUUCAUGCAGGCCCUGCUGGGCCCCCAUGCGCCCGUGAGUCCGCCCACGGCUGGCGCGGGCCGGGCCGAUGGGGCCACUGGUGGCGCGGCACUUUACACCGCCGCUGACACCAUGGUGCAGUACAUGGAGCUGUUCAACCGCAUGCGCAAGCAGCAGGGCCCCUCAGCGCCCACACAACGCUAGUCUGCCUAUUCGCGAUUUGGAUAAAGUGCUAAAAACUGGACAAUUGUAAAUUACUACUGAAGGCCUGACCAAAUCCCCUUUCAUAGAUCCCACAGUCUCCAUGAGGACAUUUAGUCAAGAGCACCAUCCGCUUGCUACAUAAUACAAUUUAUAUUUAUAUGGCAGUUAACUUUUAUAUGGCAGCAUAUGUGACUGUCUCGAGACGCUCUACAAACAGUGGGGGGGGCAGAGGUGGAUAUCGGAUAUCAGGGAUUUCUAGGGUGUGAAGAGAGGAGGGAUGGGCUGGAGACACUUAAUAGAGCAGCCACAGGCAGAUGAGAAGAGAUCUCAAAGCCAGAGCUGAAUUGGAGAAGUGUCUCAGCAGUGUGGACAAAUAGAGUUCCGGACAGCGGGGCAAGCAGCAGAGGAGUGACCUCCCAUUGAGUGGAGGUUGACUGAAAGUGAAAUCAGACGAGAGAAAAGAAAAACCUGAAUAUUUUGGUUUUAAGCGUUCACACAAAACAAAUCUCAUUGUAUUAUUUAAUAAAUCUCACAAAUGCGUAGA